GUGGGAUAGGGAAGGACGAGACGGGAAGGGCGCUGCCGGCCCCGCUCGCCGCCGCCGUCCCGGAAGCCCGUGGUGCGGCCCGGCGGCGUCCCCGCCGUUCAAUACUAGGCCCGGUCUUACUGAAUAAAGCGUUGAUCGCCGACCCGAGCGGGUUUUUGGGGAUGCUGCGGGAGCGGCUGAUCCACGUGAAGGCUGGAGAACCGGGCGGAGAGAAGGCUAAUGAGCUGUUAGAAUUCAUUAGGAUAACCUAAUGAGGUUCCAGCAAGGGGUCCUGCACCCGGGGAGGAGCAACCCCAAGUACCAGCACUGGGCACAGCCAUGGUGUCGGGCAAGCAGCUGGCAGACUUUGGCUACAAGGCGUUCUCGGGCUCCAUGAUGCUGCUGACGCUGUACGCGGGGUACCUGUGCAGCGUCCGUGUCCAGAGGAUGCUCCAGCACCGCCGGGAGAGGGAGGAGAACGCGCCCGGACCCCAGAGCUGAGCCUGGGCUGGCACUGGCACCGGGCCUGGGAGCUGGGACCAGCCUGGCACUGGGCUUGGGAGCUGGGACCGGCCUGGCACCGGCCCCGUGCCCAGCCCUGGG